AUGUCCUGCUCCAGCCUUUGCAUCCCUUCCUGUGGGGUGGCCACCCCGUGCCCCCUGGCUGACACCACCAACGAGCCCUGCGUGCGUCAGUGCCAGAGCUCCACUGUGGUGAUCCAGCCCCCGGCUUCGGUGGUCACCUUUCCUGGACCCAUCCUCAGCUCCUUCCCGCAGCACAGCGUUGUGGGCUCAGCGGGAGUCCCUGCUGUUGCCGGGGGCUCUGGUGGCAGUUAUGGAGGCUAUGGAGGAUUUGGAGGCUAUGGAGGCUUUGGUGGCUACGGGGGCUUUGGUGGCUAUGGAGGCUUUGGGGGCUGUGGAUAUGGAGGCUGGGGCCGAGGUCUCAGGUCCUUUCGUGGUUGGUGUGGGAGCUGCUAA